AUGGGUGAGGUCGUGGCUGGCCCAUGGACGUGGUGGACCGUCGCUAUCACGGCGCUCGCCGCUGCUGUCCUCCAUGCAGUCAUUAGGAAGGGACAAGGGUGGGCUUGCACGGCGUUGCUAGGUGCGAGCAGGCGCGCCAAGCUGCCACCGGGGGACAUGGGGUGGCCGCUCGUCGGCAACAUGUGGGCCUUCUUGUGGGCCUUCAAGUCCGGCAAACCGGACGACUUCAUCGCCUCCUACCACCGACGGUUCGGCCGGAUUGGCCUGUAUCGUGCAUUCAUGUUCAGCAGCCCGACGAUCAUGGUGACGACGCCGGAGGCGUGCAAGAAGGUGCUCAUGGACGACGGGGGUUUUGUCCCCGGAUGGCCCAAGUCGGCGGUCACGCUCAUUGGCAACAAGUCCUUCCUCUGCAUGACGGAAGAGGAGCACAGGCGGGUGCGAAAGCUGACGGCGGCGCCCAUCAAUGGACUAGACGCUCUUACCAGCUACCUUGGCUUCAUCGACCAGACCGUCGUGUCCACGCUUGCGCGGUGGUCGGAGGCGGGGAAGGAGAUCGAGUUCCUGACGGAGCUUCGGCGGAUGACGUUCGAGAUCAUCGUGAAGAUCUUCAUGAGCGGCGCCGACGAGCGGACCAUGAAGACGCUGGAGGGGAGCUAUACCGAUCUCAACCUGGCCAUUCGAGCGAUGGCCAUCGACCUCCCAGGAUUCGCGUACCACAGGGCUCUCAAGGCCCGCAAGAAGCUCGUGUCAGUGUUGCAAGGCGUCCUGGACGAGAGGAGGGCGGCGAGUGCAGGAAGGUUUGCCGGAACAAACGUGGACAUGAUGGAUCGCCUGAUCGAGGUCAAGGACGAGUACGGGAGGAUGCUGGAAGACGACGAUAUUAUUGACAUCCUCAUCAUGUACCUUAACGCAGGCCAUGAAUCAUCCGGGCACAUCACCAUGUGGGCUACCGUGUUAAUGCAAGAGAACCCCGAGGUUCUAGCAAGGGCCAAGGCUGAGCAAGAGGAGAUCAUGAGGAGCAUACCUCCAACACAGAAGGGGCUGACCGUCAAGGAUUUCAGGAAGAUGGAGUACCUCUCACAGGUUAUCGAUGAGACGCUGCGGAUUAUCAAUGUUUCGUUCCUAGCAUUCCGUCAAGCAACCAGAGAUGUGGAUGUGAACGGGUACCUGAUUCCGAAAGGAUGGACGGUUCAGCUGUGGUACAGAAGCGUGCACAUUGAUCCUCAAGUCUAUCCCGAUCCUCAGAAGUUCAACCCUUCAAGAUGGGAGGGUCCUCCACCUAGAGCUGGCACAUUCCUUCCUUUCGGGCUAGGUACGAGGUUGUGUCCAGGAAAUGAUCUCGCAAAGCUGGAGAUCUCUGUCUUCCUCCACCAUUUCCUCCUUGGUUACAAGCUCACAAGAACAAACCCUAAGUGCCGGACAAUAUAUCUGCCUCACCCAAAGCCUGUGGACAAUUGCUUGGCGAAGAUCACAAAAGUCUCUGAUGGAUACUGA